CGCAUGUGGUCUGUCCGCUUCGCUCGUCGCCGCCGGUGUCAUGCGGUCAGCAGUGUGGAAGCCGUGGCAGUGCGAAGGUCCUUGAAAGUAUGCGGAAAACACGCUUUCCGUGACUAGCAUUCUAAUUAAAGCAGGCUCAGAGAACGCUGAUUUCUACAUCGACGAGACAAAGCCGGGCAGCAUGUCGAACCCGCUUCCGACCGAGCUGCACGACCUCCAGGAGCUUCGCGAUCACCCGGAGAUAGGAGGAACGGUGUACAAGCAUUACUUAGCAGCAGCGGUCGACUUGAUCGCUGGGACCGCCGGUGGCGCAGCCACCGUGGCCGUCGGUCAACCUCUGGACACGAUCAAAGUGAAGAUGCAGAGCUUCCCCGAGUUGUACCCCAGCAGCGUGAAGUGCUUUCAGAAAACUCUUUCUCAGGACGGUGUGCGGGGCUUGUAUGCUGGAACCGUACCUGCCCUGGUGGCCAACGUAGCAGAGAAUUCGGUUCUCUUUUGUGCCUAUGGAGUGUGCCAAAGGGUUGUGCAGAAAUUGGUUCGGAAGCCCAACGUACAGGAACUGAGCCCUUUGGACAACGCCUCGGCAGGUUUUCUUGCCGCUUUCUUUUCCUCGCUCACCCUCUGCCCCACAGAGCUAGUCAAGUGCAAGUUGCAGUCGAUGCGAGAAAGUGCUCAAGUGAAAGGGGCCACCAGUCAGGCUGGCAUUGGAACGUGGCAGCUUACCAGGCAAAUUUACAGACAAGAUGGCUUCCUGGGAUUUUUCAAAGGUUUUUCAGCUACACUUGUCAGGGAGAUGCCUGGAUAUUUCUGUUUCUUUGGAGGCUACGAGGGAGCUCGUCACUUACUCACACCACCAGGAAAGACGAAAGAUGAAAUAGGUGUUGCCAGAACUAUCGUUAGUGGUGGUGUAGGUGGCACGUGCCUUUGGCUUUCUAUCUUCCCUGCUGACGUUAUCAAAUCUCGCAUUCAGAUCUCCGGAUCCAAUGAGCCGGCUCUGUCUGUAGCGAGAUCCAUAAUGCGUACUGAAGGCAUUCUAGCCCUUUACAAUGGAUUGGGACCAACUUUGUUGAGAACAUUUCCAGCAACUGGAGCCCUUUUUCUCGCAUAUGAGUACACAAGGAAAACACUAAACACUGCUUUCGGCAUUGAAUGAGAGAUUAUUCUCUGUUGUUAUUGGUGUAUGUGUGAAUGGCUCAUAUAUAAAAAUAUACGUGUACUAUCGUUGAUGUUGCA